GUAUCUUUGCAAUGCCGAGUAAGUUCCCUUGCCAUCAAAACAAACACGCACUUUAGCUUAUAUCCGUGAAAGAAACACCCAUUUCACCUUGAAUAGCACUCUGCUGUAUCAUCAUGCCACUGAAAUCAUGCUGCAUUUACAGCACCGGAAUUUUUUCUAUUUUAUUUUUGAUCCUGGGUAUUUCUUUGGUAUUGUCUAACGUGUUUCCUCACUUUCUACAGUCGGUGGUUGAAAAGGAAGUAGUGUUGAAGAAUGGCACAGAGGCUUACAAGGCCUGGGAGAAUCCACCAGCCCCUAUUUACAUGCAGUUUUACUUCUUUAAUGUGACCAAUCCCAUGGAAGUGCUGGAUGGGGACAGGCCUGCUGUGGUGGAGGUUGGACCGUAUACGUACAGAGAGUAUCGGCCCAUGGAGCAGGUGAACUUCCAAAGUAACGGCUCUAAAGUUGCAGCAGUCAACACUAAGACGUACGUUUUCCAGCGAAACAUGUCCCGAGGUCCAGAGAGUGACGUCUUUAGGACCAUCAACAUCCCUGCAGUGACGGUAAUGGACAGAUUUAAAGAUGACACUAUCGUAUCCAAUCUGAUCGCCUCCUACAUGAGAGCUACAGACACGGGCCUGUUCACUACCCGCACAGUGGGACAGCUGCUGUGGGGAUAUGAAGACAGUCUGCUUAAAGCCCUCAAAGCAUUCGAGCCUGAUCUGGAUGACUUUUUUGGACUUUUUUAUAAGGCCAAUGCUACCAAUGAUGGUGACUAUGUGUUCUUCACUGGUGAGGAAAACUACAAGGACUUUGCCAGAGUGGAUACAUGGAAUGGUGAAAGCACACUGAGUUGGUGGACAUCUGAUGAAUGCAACAUGAUCAAUGGAACCAACGGAGCUUCUUUCCAUCCUGUCAUCACCAAAGAUGAGACUCUCUACAUGUUCUCCUCUGACCUCUGCAGGUCUCUGUACGCGACAUUUGAGGAGGAUGUGUCAGUGAAGGGGAUCCCUGGAUAUCGCUUCAGUCCUCCUUAUGAAGUGUUUGCCAAUCUCACCGUGAACCCGGCAAACGCAGGCUUCUGCGUCCCUGCUGGGAACUGCCUCGGCUCUGGGGUGCUGAAUGUCAGCGUGUGUAAACAAGGAGCGCCGAUCAUCAUGUCAUCACCACACUUCUAUCAGGCAGAUGAGAAAUUUGUGGAGGAUGUUUUUGGCAUGAAUCCUAAGAAGGAGCUGCAUGAGACAUUAAUUGACGUCAAUCCGCUAACAGGAAUGAUCCUGCAAGCGGCAAAGCGUAUCCAGAUCAAUGUCCACAUAGAGAAGCUGUCCACCUUCAGUGCUCAAACGAGAAAUGUGAGGACGGUGGUUUUCCCAGUGCUCUAUCUUAAUGAGAGCGUACUCAUCGAUGACCAGUCUGCUGUGACGCUGAAGCUGGUUGUUACUAAAGAGAACGUCGUUGACAACAUUCCGUUCAUGCUGAUUGCCGUAGGAAUCAUUUUGGGUGUGAUCUUCAUGUUCUUGAUGUGUCGGCAGAAAAUCCCUGAGAGCACUGAAGCCGAACGUCAGCCCCUCCUGUCAUCGUAGCACCAAACACAACAUAAAAGGACGAGGAAAACCACGGAUUCAAAAUCAUUCUGCAUUUCGAGAGAUCGGUGACUCCAUAAUUUGUACUUUAACCUUCAAAUGACCGUUUUCAUAAUACCGCUUUUAAUACCACUGUUUAUUUUUAAUUGACUGGUUUUUAGAAAAAAGGUGAAGGAAGGUUGUUCUCUGUGUUGUUUGUUACUGGGCUGGGCUUCUUUCACCAUAUUUGUUAUUAUGAUGAAGUCCUUUUUUUAUGUAAAAUUGAGUGUAUUUUCCUUUUUAAAUUGGAAACAAAAGCCAUGUGAAUUUAAAUACUUCUGAUUUUUUUUUAACCUACAAAUUUUCAUAAAAAUCAUCAGGAGAGAGGAUUGAAUCCUACAGGAAUUUCACUAAAAGUAUAAUUAUUUAGACAAAACCCAUAUUUUUGUGCAAAGUUGCUGCCUUUCAGUGUGUAUGCAUAGCAGUGUGAGAGUGUGAAUGAAAUUAAUGAAUGAAUUAUCUAAAAGGUACCCUGUUGAUGUAUGUUUUUCAAAGAUUAUAGGAGGAAAGUUUAACUGCUGAUUCAAAGAAAGAAAAUUAUCCUUCUGGUUUCAUUUUUAUAACCUUAACUUUAAAGUUUUUUUAUUUUCUAACCGUGUGAGUAAAGAGGAAACAGACAAAACAAAGUCAAGUUGUGUAAAAGAACUGCUGGCUGGGGUUGUUCUUCCUGGUUCAUUUCGAAUGCAUCUAUUGUUUCAUUCAGUGGAAUUCACAGGAAUCAUGUUUAUAGUUAUAAUAAUAUGGACUAACAUCCUUGUAGUAUUACUUCAACCAAAGCAGUAUAAAGAGGAAACGUUGGUCUCAUCUCAUGAUGGUAUGGAACUAUUUCAGAAUAAUACCAUGGGUUUGCGAUCUUGAAUUUCUGUCAAUACUCUGCUUAAAUCAUGUAAACCGCUUCAUGCUUGUGAAACUACUGACAAAUCCAUGUAACCAAUAGAAACUUGUGUUUUUCCUGUAAACUACUAGUGGUUCUCUCUGACUUAGAUGGUUCAAGUCGCCAAGUUUAACACAUUUCAUCAACUUCUAAUGUUUUUAAGCCAAUAGCCGUGUUCAGCAUUACACAGCGUCUGCUCAAAUGUGUUCGUUUUUUUGAAAACCACUUGACAGCUUUACUAGUGAUCAUUUUGUCAUGGUCCGUUUUUUACUACAAAGAAAACACUGUUUACAUUUCUGUUUUACCUAUAAGGUAAAAUAAGUGUUAGCACUAAACAGGUCCCAUAGUUAACCUUUUCCACAUACCCGUGUCAUUUACUACAACUCCAAUAAACCUGCUUCACAUCUG